AUGGAAAAUGUGCAAGGCGGUAGCCAAGCUUUUAACACCAACCAUGCACGUCCUGCAAGUUUAACGCGCCGAAGGCUUGAACCUCUGAAAGGCUAUGAAGUCUCAGCAGUUGCUUACCCACUGGAAAACAUCACUUUUACAGAAGGUGAAAACAGGACUUUAACAUGUAAUGUUUCUGGGAGUCCAACACUAUCUGUAACAUGGACAGAGGUCAAAACUGGAAUCCGUACAAUAGGAAUCACACGUGAGCUUACACACAUCAACAGGAGUGAAUCUGGGGAAUACAAGUGUGAAGCAAGCAACUCUUGUGGAAAAGAUAUCACAAGCACAUUUCUCAUUGUGCACUUUGCCCCGUCAAUUGUACCCUUGAAGAAUGUGACCGUAGUAUAUGGAAGAACUGUUAAUCUGUUCUGUGAUGCAUCUGGAAGACCUGAACCAUUAGUCUCUUGGACACAAGUCAGCACAGGCAAUAAGCAAUUCAAUAAAGCAUGGAUAAUAACGGAUUUCAGAGAAAGAGAUAUCGGUGAGUACAGGUGUGACGCCAGCAACGCGUAUGGGAAAGACAGCAAGAGUACAUUCAUCAGUUUACACGGUAAGUGUACAAGUUGUAAAACGACUCCCAGAAUUUAUGGUGAGACAUGGACAUACGUUCAUUUCUUAUCAGGUAGACAGUUAGACAGGCUAUCCUUCGAUAAAUUUGAUUUGAUGGUUGCCUUUAGCCUUCGUUUACGAGAUCGACUGACUGCUCGUUGUAGCACGAUGGUCGGCUGUGUGAUUGGCGAAUUCUUAAUACGUAGUACGCUGGACAAAACCGUUCUGAAUCGACGUUUUAGACCAAAAAUUAAAGCAAACAAGCGAAGCCAAAAAUUUUAUUUUUCAGCAACUAUUCCAUCUGAACCAGAUAAAGUCAAUAAAGACGUUAUAUAUGGGACAGUCAUCGGAAUUUUCUUUCUGCUGUUCUCUUUAUUCAUCAUUUACUUAGCAGUAAAGCGCCGGAAAGGUCGAGGAGAUAAUCG